AGGGUAAGUUUCCCUAUCUCUAGUUCUUCUUUUAGACAUAUAAUGUUCAAAUAGUUCUACAUAUCCCAUUAUUGACCUCAUGAUAUUGGUAUGGUUUCUUGUUAAGCUAUGUCAAAUGACAUUUUUGUCUAAAUUUUCCAGGUUGGUCUGUUGGAAGAACAAAAAUCUUUUGAUUUAAAUGCAGCUAUGGCUUUUAUGGGACAAUUUAUUGGUUUUUUUAAUGAUUUGAAUUUCUUUCUCUUACCUGUUCUCACAGAUGCAGUUGUUUGGGGUGUUUAGUGUUCUUUGGUUUGUUCUAAUUCUGAUUCUGAUUAGAUAUGUAUCUCUUGUGUGCUUUGAUAGCAAUUUAGUUCUCUCACUCUUCUGUACUCUGUAUGCACACUUAUGUAUCAUAAAUGAAUCUAAAUAAGGCUUGAGGAGUCCUGCUCAACAGGUAUGAGUCUUGCAUGGAUGUGACUGACAGUGAUCACAAGCCUGUCCGUUGCAUUUUUUCUGUUGAGAUUGCUCGGGUUGAUGAGUCAGUCAGGAGGCAAGAAUUUGGCGAUAUAAUGGAUUUGAAUGAGGAAAUUAAAUGUACAUUGGAAGAAUUAUGCAAGAUUCCAGAAACUAUUGUCAGUACAAACAACAUAAUUCUUCAGAAACAGGACACAUCAAUUUUGCGUAUAACAAAUAAAUGCAGCAAAGACAGUGCUUUUUUUGAAAUAGUUUGUCAAGGUGAAUCUACUGUCAAAGAGGAUGGACAAGCAUCAGAUCAUCUCCCAAGAGGUUCCUUUGGCUUUCCUCGAUGGCUGGAGGUCACUCCAGCAGCUGACAUAAUCAAACCAGAUCUUACAGCAGAGGUAUUGGUUCGUCUGGAGGAUUUCAACACUCAAGAAGAGUUUGUUGAUGGCAUGCCUCAAAGUUGGUGGUGUGAAGACACCAGAGAUAAGGAAGCUAUCUUGGUGGUUAAAGUGCGUGGUAGAUACACAACCAAGACAAGAGAUCAUCAUAUUCGAGUUCGCCACUGCUUUUCAGCCAAGACAAAAAAAAUUGACCCUAAACCUAAUGACUCCAGGCCAAUCCCAGGAAAUCUCCUCCACCGGGCAGAUUUUCAACGGCUUAGCAGUUCUUAUGAUGUAGUUGACCACCUUCGAAACUUGCACAGUCCCUGAAGUUGGUAGGGAUAAGACUUCCAUGUAAAUCACACCAUAACCAAGUUCUGUGGCUUAUAUGAACAACUAUUUUUGCCCAUAGCAAUUUUACGCAGUCCUGGUGCCAAUUUUUUGAAUGUCAUCAGCAGUUCAAAAUGUAAUUUUCUUGGAAAAAUGUACAGAAAGGUCCAAUAUAGCAAGAAGAAGCAUGAAUCUACUGUUCAUAACCUUUAGGGAAGAUGAGUGUGAAUCAGUUCUACUCCGGUCACCCCCUUCUAACUUUCUAUGAAGGGUAAAUCUCCAUUUA